UCCUACAACAAGACAGAGAGCUGGAGAUGCCUCUCUUGCCCAAGUGAUUGAAAAUGUUUUAAAGAACAAGCCAGGAGGAGACAGGAUCAUCAAUGAGUAUGCUCAGACAAAAAGCCUGACAGACAGCAGACGGCGUGACAUGGUCAAGAUAUUGGUUGCGCAUAUGACAAGUGAACAUGGGACAAGUCCUUCAAGGCGCAUCAAAGAGGACUAUGCAAAGGGUAUCAUCACCUUGUUCCCAUACCUGGCUGAUCCUAGGAGCAGGUUUGGUUAUGAGCAUUAUUACAAUGCAGAAGAUGGGAGUGGUUAUCUGGCUUGGAGACUGAAGUUUGUCCAAAAGGAAGCUUCUAAUGGACAAAAGAAGGCCCUCAGAUGGUCAAAAACACAAACGGGGGGACCAACAGCUGAUAGAGACUGUUUCAGAGAAGACGACUGCCUAAUGACAGACAGCUUGUGUUCUGAGGCCAUUGCACUGAUGAAGCAUACAGCUGAUGAGGGAACUGUUAUGAGGAAGAUGAAGCAGAUGUUCAACUAUCGCCAAAAGCUCAUUCAUGACCCUGUGAAGUCAUCUGGUGUCUUUUUGGACUUCCCAAGAUUCCUGGAUGUAGGAGGAUUAAUUGAGCAAGAUUUCACAUUGAUGUUCAAUGAAGUAAUCUCUGCAAAGUUCCUGGAGAAGUGGCCCACUAUCUACAAGCAGAAAGUCCUCGAGCAAAGCCGUGGUCUCACACAGUCUGAUGACCUACAGUGCCUUCUUCAAAAUGCUGAAGGCACAACAGAAGUGGAAAACGGAUGGGACAGCGACAUGUCAUCGAUUUUGAUCCUUGUGCACCUGCUGCCACCAUCACCCCAUGGACGCAAGAGACCAGGAAAACUCUCAGCGAGACAAGCCAGUGAACAUCUGGUGAAGUUCAUCAAGACGGGGACAAGCCUCCAAGGGCACCUUGAUGGCAUCACAGAAAGCCUUCAACCAUACCUACUUGCAGUGGGGACUCAGAAGAGUGUGAUUCACAAGUACUUCAUUGUGAUUGACAAACACGCAAUACCUUGUAAGUCACCAGGCUCCCUUGCCUGUUUUGAUGAGCUUUUUAAAGCUCACUUUGUCUUUGGCACUUCAUAUGACCAUGAUCUGGUCAAUGUGUACAGCUUCCUGCAGACCACCAUUUAUGAGAUAGAUGUUGAAACAACCAAAGUGAAUCCUAGGGUUGCAGAGUUGAGGGCUCGGAUGCUUCGUUGAAUAGAGUUGUCUCCCCCCCUAAGAGCUUCAAUGUGGUAUUAAGUUGAGUUGGAAUGUUGUGUUUCAUUUGUAAGAGGUCCCACACAAAUGCUAAUUCCCUGACUAAGCACUUGAAAGUGAUCCAUGGACUUUGCUCUGGUAAGACACUUCAUCUUAAAUGUGGUCAGGCUGGUUGUGCUCAAGUUUAUGGCACAUUUUCUGGGUUCAGAAAGCAUCUCAAGAAAGCACAUGAACACUCUUCCGAUCCUGGUGAAGGUCCAUCUACAGCUGAAGAGUCAUUUGGAAGUCACUAUGAUUUGCCCUCUCCGAGUCCUUCUGAUUCAGUCCAACUUAAGAAAUCUCUUGUGAAUAGUUGUGCAGCAACAGUUGCUGAACUUAAAGUGGCAGGUGUAAGUGAAAGAGCAAUUAACUCUUUGGUCAUUUCCCUGGAAGAAAUUGUAAGUGAUAUUCAGAAUCAAGCAAAAGAAUCUGUGAAAAACAGUCUGUCUUUACAAGAACCUGUCAAAAGUGACACUGAAAGCAAAAUCGAUCAGUGUUUUGAGAAAAUGGAAAAUCCUUUUAUGGCAUUAAAUUCUGAAAGUAAAAGAACAAAAUAUUUUGCAGAGAGGUGGGGACGCGUGGACCCAGUAGAACAUGUACUUGGUUCCAGAUUUGAUACACUGCACAAUCGAACAACAGGAGGCUACGAUCAGGUGGUUGUUACUGAUAAAUUUGUUUACAUCCCAAUUUUGGAAACUUUAAAGUUUCUUUACAGUCACCCUAAUAUAGAGGAGAUGAUGGCCAAGUCAAAUUCAAGGGAAAAUCUUCUUAAAGACUUCUCUGAUGGAGAUCUUUUCAAGAGCCAUGCACUAUUUUCGAAGCAGAAUCAUGCUUUUCAAAUUCAACUUUUCUAUGAUGAUUUUGAAACUGCUAAUCCUUUGGGUUCAAAACGGGGAAUCCAUAAAUUAGGAGCUAUAUAUUUCACGCUGCGGAAUUUUUCUCCUAAGUACAAUUCUGCUCUCCAUAAUAUUCACUUGGUCUCUUUGUUUCAUGCUCAGGACAUCAAAACA